GUCCUGUCGACAAAGAAAAGAGUCUCAGACCCUGCGGGAGACUCCCACAGGAAUCCCUGCAAGGACCCCUAGUGAGUUCUCAUGUUUCCACUGACCCUGGACAGAGGUUGUGGCACAGCAUCAAGCACCUGUGGUCAGCUCUCAAUGUCUAGCAGAUGAGGUGUCUCCUCACUUCCUUUCUGGGUGUCUCAAACACAUGGUACCUUGACUGGAAGGUGGAAAGUCAGAUAAUAGAUGACUGCAGGCACAUCAACCAGUAUUUGAUUAGCACUUGUGAGGAGUGUGGGACUGACCACUUGAUGGCAGAGGGGGUCCACAGACCCUUUCCCCUGUUGUCAGCCCUUGGUGCCCCAUCAGCCCUUCUGGAUGGCAGGCAGAGGCAACAUUUCCUAUCCUUUGAGGCUCAGGAAGUUAAAGGAUUUAUUAAGUCAACAGGACUCCCAGGACCUGGUAGUUGUCAUUGUGUUAUGUCUGAAGGACAAAGUCACUGCAUACAAGUGUAGUCCCACAGCUCACAGGGAACCCUUGGGAGUUCAGCAGCUGAGGCCACUCACAUCUUCUUCCUCUUAGGUCGUGAUUCCCCGUUGCCCCCUUUCCUAUCCUCACUCCUAUCUAUAGCCACUCAUAAAAGUCAUCAUGCCUCAGUGCCAAAAGAAUCCACAAUGCUUAUGAGAUCAGCGCUUUCAGACCUGUAGUGAGAUCCAGGAUAUGGAAGUUGUACAGGUCUCCAAGGCUCUGGAAGAGACUGGUCUCUCCUCUCAUCCUCUGAUGCCUGGCAAUUCAAAGGAGGCUUCUGAUGCUGGUGUACCCAGUACCACUGAGAGUCCUCAGAGUGUCUGCUCAUCUCCCAUUGCCGUCACAACCACUUCAUCAAAUGAAUUAAAUGAGGGCUCCAGUAGCCAAGAAGAGGAGGAUACCACCUCGUGGGCUGGGCCAGACCCCAAGAAUGUGCCCAUAGAUGCUCUAGAUAAGAAAGUGAAUUCAUUGGUCAAUUUUAUGCUAUUCGAGUAUCAAAUAAAAGAGCCAAUGACAAAGGCAGAUAUGAAGAUUGUCAUCAAAGAGCAGGAGGACCACUUCACUGAGAUCUUCCUGAGAGCCUCUGAGCAUAUGGAGAUGGUCUUUGGCCUUGAUGUGAAGAGAGUGGAUACCACCAACCACUGCUAUAGCCUCUUCAUCAAAUUGGGCCUCACCUAUGAUGGGGUGAUGAAAGGUGAAGAGGGCAUGCCCAAGACCAGCAUCCUGAUACUUAUCCUGGGUGUGAUCUUCAUGAAGGGCAACAUUGCCACUGAAGAGGAAGUCUAGGAAGUUCUGAACUUGACGGGGAUAUUGUCUGGGAGGAAGCACAUCAUCUUUGGGGAGCCCAAGAAACUCAUGACCAUAGAGUUGGUGAAGGAAAAGUACCUGGAGUACCGGCAGUUGGCCAACAGUGAUCCUGUACAGUUUGAAUUCCUGUGGGGUCCGAGAGCCCACGCUGAAACCACCAAGAUGAAAGUCCUGGAGUUUCUGGCCAAGGUUCAUAGGACUGUCCCGAGUUCUUUCCCAUCUCAGUAUGAGGAGGCUUUACAAGAUGAAGAAGAAAGAAAGAGCCCAGUUCAGGAAUUUCUGCAUGAUCUGUCUCUACUUCAGUGGCCACUGAAAUUCUAGUGCCAAAUCCAGCGAUUUCUCUUGCUCCUAGUGAAGACUGAGGCAGGUUCUUCACUUUGUGUUUGAAAAAGGUCAGUUAGUGUUCAUAGAAUUUAGGUCUGAGGUUGGGCUGAAAGGAAUACAGUAUAUAUGUCUAUGUGUUCCUAUGUUCUACGUGUAACUUGAAAAUUUAUUCUUUUUUAAUAUAUGUAUUUGUCGAAAUAUUGUUUCUUUUGAUAUAGAUUCAGUUAGCUUCAAAAUCUCCAAGUUUAUUAAAGAUAAUAGUCAUACAUUUAAUGUUAUAAUGAGAUUUAAUAGUAAGAGCUUUUUUUAUUUUGUUAAAAUGUGAAACCAUCUUAUUUUGUCAUCUGAAAUAACAUAACAUGGAAUUCCUAUAGAUAUUUACUGGAAAUGUGAGAGUGGUCAGCUUUAAGGUGGUUGGGUUCAGGAUGCCUGGGUGGCU